AGUUAGCUAGUAGCAUAGCUUGAUGUUUCCGUAGAGUGUGUACAUGUCCAAGCGUAUUGAGGAAUGGAAUGAUAACUGUAACCAAACGACAGAUGCCUCAGAGAGAGAAAAAGGACAUUUAUGUUGGAUAGUUGGUUUGUGGGAACCUUGAAUUAAACUAAAUGGCUUUAAAUCAAUGCAAGCCAACAUGCCUAAGACAUCUUUCUCUGUUGUGGGCUUUGUGUGGCUAAUCAACUCUGGCCCAGACUGAAAUUAUACGACAGUACCUCCCUCAGAAAAUCUCUCAGCGUCCUCUCUGUUCAUUUCCCUCUGUAUGUCGCGUAUAAAGAGCACACUGGACACUGUCACCAAAGCUGUAAGUGGGACAGUGAACACAGACCUCCUGUCAAAGAUAACCCGCCUCAAACCCAGUGCCACCCAUGUUGGCAAAGGCAUGGAGGUUAAAGUGGAAUGCUCAGCAGCAGAGGCUGGGUCUGUCAUUACCAUGACAACGCCAGAACAACAGAGUAGCAAGGAGGAGCAGAAGGAGAAAGAAGACCACAAGGACACGGUCAAACCCAGACCCAGUCCUGCAACAUCCUCUCUAAACAGCUCCUCCACUGUCGCCAAACAAACUCUACAGCGCUUCCAGCCUGCAGCGUUUUCCACCAACAUGGACGAGACCUACACACACCUGGCUGAACAUGUCAACACAUACUUUGGGAGCAACUCUCUGGAUGAAAAGAAGUCUGAAACCUGUAAUGGAGACUGCUUAAGUUCUACACCUGGCCCAAGCCAUUCCUAUUCAGACGGUACUCGGGACCAUGCGCCUGUGUUGGUGCCUGCAUCUCAGAAAGCCUCCGCAGACACCCCUCAGGCCUCUGCUGACCAAGCUCAGCCAGUCACCAGUGCUCCUCCUCCAAACACUCCGAUUCCAGAGAGCGAUAUCUCAGCCACGCCCACGCCUCCCAGGAAGGGUAUUAGUCAUUACCUGUCUUACUCAAGGCCCAGUGUGCAGGCCUUUGUCGGCAGUUAUAUCAGCCCCUUGGUUCCAAAGUUCCGGGCUGAUUCCAAGAGUGUCACGGCAGAUAAAGACAAACCUCCUGCCCCUGGUCAAACAGUUUCACAAGCUGGAACUAGCACUGAAGAGAAGGCCAAGAAAAAAGCUGAGGAAAAAGCCCAAAGAUUAGCCCAGAGAGAGAAGAUAAUUGCUAGGGUCAGUGUGGACAACAGAACCAGAGCACUGGUGCAGGCUCUGCAGAGAGUGACGGAUGUGAAGGUGACCAUCAGCAGAGUUGAGGAACUCUCCUUUCACUUACUGGAGUUUCCAGAGACCAGAGGGGUUGCUGUCAAGGAGAAAAUCAUACCCUGUUUACUGCGUCUCAGGCAGGCAAGGAAUGAGAGUCUACAGGCUGUAGUCAGGCAGGCUCUGGCUCUGAUUGGCUACUCAGACCCGGUCAAAGGCAGGGGAAUACGAGUGCUUUCCAUUGAUGGAGGAGGAACGAGGGGACUGGUUGCUCUGCAGACUUUGCACAAACUGGAGAGCCUCACAGGGAAACCCAUCCAUCAGUUGUUUGACUACAUAUGUGGAGUUAGUACAGGUGCCAUCCUGGCUUUUAUGCUGGGAGUGUUCCAGAUCCCCCUGGAUGAGUGUGAGGAGAUGUACAGGAAACUGGGGUCUGACGUCUUCAAGCAGAAUGUCAUUGUGGGCACAGUGAAAAUGGGCUGGAGCCAUGCUUUUUAUGACAGUGAGAUCUGGGAAAAUAUCCUCAAAGAAAGAAUGGGAUCUGGUCUUAUGGUCGACACUGCAAAGAAUCCACAUUGUCCAAAGGUGGCAGCAGUUAGCACUAUUGUGAGCAGGGGCUUGCCGUUGAAAGCAUAUGUCUUCAGAAACUACAACUUCUUACCUGGGGUGCGUUCUCAUUAUCUUGGUGGCUGUCAGCACAAACUGUGGCAGGCCAUCCGAGCGUCCUCCGCUGCCCCUGGAUACUUUCAGGAGUUUCUGCUUGGCAAUGACCUUCACCAGGACGGAGGUCUCCUGAUCAACAACCCGACUGCAUUGGCCAUCCACGAGUGUAAGUGUCUGUGGCCUAACACGCCCGUGCAGUGUGUGGUGUCAUUGGGAACUGGCCGCUAUGAGACGGGCAGCAAAAAUAGUGCCACCUACACCAGCCUGCGGACCAAGCUCACCAAUGUGAUCAGCAGUGCCACGGACACUGAGGAGGUCCACACCAUGCUAGAUGCACUUUUGCCUCCAGACACCUAUUUCCGUAUCAACCCAUUCAUGAGCGAGGACAUACCGCUGGACGAGAGCCGGAGGGAGAAGCUCAACUUCCUCCAGGCGGAGGGUCGGCGCUACCUGGAGAGGAACGAGAGCAAGCUACAGAAAGCUGCAAGUGUGCUGUCGCAGGAGAAGAGCGCGAUCCAGAGGCUGGCUGAAUGGGUGCGGCUCAAAGCUGACAUGUAUGACGGAUUCCCAUUUCGCUCCAAACUAUAGAGCCUUCUGGAACCUUACAACUAAAAGUCCAAAUAUCCAGAAGUUGGUCUGAGCUCUAGAAUUUUCCAGAAAGAUUUGGUAUGAUUGGUUUUAUUGGUGUUAGCGGCUCACGUUGACCCGUAAUUACAACAGAUACAUUCCUUGGUUUAAAACAGAGCUGUUGUUAGGCUGUUGUCGCAAGAACACAGCAGCAGAAAUUUUAUGGACCCACUGAGAUGGAGAGUUAUUUAAACUGGCCAAUGAGAGAUGAAGACCAAUGGAUAUGUGUGUGUGGACAGCUCAUUGCAUGGAGAAGCACUUUUCCUUACUACCUAACCUUUGUUUUUGUGAUGUCACAUACUGUCCAGUUGUCCUGUAA